AUGGAAACGGGGAGUUUAUCCUGGUUAACGGGGGGGGGGCGAGGAGCGUCGGGCUGGAAGGGGCGGAGCUACCCCCCUCCCGGGGCUGCGGGUUCGUGGGCGCUGCCCUCAUGUUCCCUGCCCCCCGGCGGCCCCGGGGAGCCCUGGCAGCCGCUGCCCUCGCUCUGGAGGCUGGUGGAGGAGCAGGUGGUGCCCGGCGAGAAGCCCGAGGUGAAGAGCAUCGUGGGGGCGGACGUGGUGGAGCGCAGCUUGGAGCUGCACGCGGAGGUGGAGACCCUGGUGGAGCUGUGGCGGGAGGAGCGCUUGGCCUGCACCGGGCUGGAUCAGUGCCCCCCGCGGGGGGCCGGGGGCUGGGCUCUCCUGACGGCCCCCCCACACCUCAAGGAGCUGGUGAGACGCGAGCUCCGGCUGCUGCUGCUCAGCCUCCAGCAGAAGGCGUCCCAGGAGGGCAGAGACACAGCUGGGGCCAUCGCUAAGUACAGCCCCCAUGUGGUCAGCUUUGCCCUGGGGCCGCACGCUGGAGGGGAGCGUGCAGGACAGGACGGGUCCCUGUCUGGGAGCACCAGCACCAGCCCAGGCCCCGGCCUCGUCCACCGCCUGGAGCCCCUCAAGGACAAGCUGAGCAUCUCCCGCAUCCACCAGGCACGGGCCCAUCUCCGGGCCCUGCUGGAGGAGGAGUGCCGGGCCCUGGAGAGACACAUCUACCACCUCCAGCGCUGCCUGGAGGAGGAACACCGGGCCGCCACUGGGCCAGUGCAGCCGGCGCAGGAGCCAACGAUGGCUGAGCUGCAGGAGCAGAGACGAGCCAUGGAGCGGGACCUGCAGCUGGGCCAGUUGGACCCCAGGCCUGGCCUCUCCCAGGGGGUCCAGCGCCCUGAGCCUGCAGCCCCCCGACAGCCCAGCUGCCCCGUCAGCGUGUCCCCCUGCCUGGCACCAGCCGCUCCGUCCCUGUUGGGCCGCAGAGAAGCAGCACCGCGAGCCCCGGGCACUGCGCUGGGCCGAGUGCCCCCCGACGGGGGUAUCUGCUGUGUGGGCGGCCUGGCUGGGGAGCUCCAUGGAGGGGCUGCGACCCCCGGCUGGGCCCCUGGCCAAGGACAGAUGGACAGCGAUGCUGAGCAGCGGGACCUGGCCACGCCAUCACCCCGGGGAGCUGGGGUCCCUCCUGCAAGCCCAGCCUGCGGCCGCCUGGUGCCCCCGCCAGCAGCACCAGGGCCCAGCCUGGCCUUCCUCCCCUCGCCACCCCCAGAGCAGCGCCCACCCCUGCGCCCCCUCUCCGGCCGCCGCCUCAGGCUACUGGGCUGCCCGGGGCCCAGCUAGUGCAGGGAGCCUCGCCCGCCCGCCCUGGGGCACGGGGAGGGGAGCCCGGGGCAGGCUGGCACGGGGAGGGGGUCCUGCCCCAUCUCCCCCCAGCUCCAGCACUGACUCCUGCCCUGCUGGGUCCCUGUGUCCCCGGCUCAGCCUUGCUCUGCCCUGGAGGCACCCCACCUGCCGGGGCAUUGCCCCCCUGGUAUCAGCCCCCUCCAUGUCUCGGGGGCAGCUCCUAAGCUGAGCACUGGGCCAGGCCUGCAGCGCCCCCUCCUGGCUGCCCCCUGCCAUGGUGCGUGGGGAGCUGUGCAGGGUGCACUGGCCUAGUGCUCAGGUGGGAGUGGGGGCCAGUGGGGGGCGGGAAGCUGCCUGGGGCCUGGGCACUUCAGUGCUCCUGCCUCUGGGGAGGAUGGGCCCUUGGUGCUGGGUCUCCUGCCCCCAGGCUGGCCCCGUGCCCUCUCUGUGGGGCCCCCUGCCCUCACCCACCCUGGGCAGGACCCACACAGCUGCCCCCCGGCAUGGGGCUAGGAGCUGGGACCUGCCGGGUGCCUGUGCCCAGCGCCAGUGAGUUGUGGGGCAGGGCCUGGUGCCUGGGAUCGGGGCCUGAGGACCCGUCGAUCUCCCGGCUGCACUGGGCCAGGCCUGGGCGGGCAGUGCCGUGGGGGCGGGGUACCAGGGUCUCUCAUGCG